AUGUCAACACAAAAUAUUUCUUCAGCAUUCCCAGAACCUCCCUUCUAUUAUAAACAAUAUACAAAUGAAAAUCUCGCAUUACUUAAACAAUUAAAAGAACAACAACAAUUAGACAAUGAAGAAAAAAUGGACACAGAAACUGAAGUAAAUCACCACAACCACCAAAACUUCAAUUUACUAGAACUAGAGCCUCCAAAACCCAUUACAGAUAGUGAAUAUUAUAUGUUUGGUGUAAGAUGGACAGUUGAAGAUAAAUUACUUUCAUUAGAAGAACAAAAUUUCGAACAAUUAUAUCCUGAAAGUAGUAUAGAUCGAGUGGUAGAACUUAAGAAAUUAAGCAUUUCAACUAUUUUUAAUUUUGUUGAGUUAUUAGAAAUAAUGGUAAAAGAACCUGAGAAGUCAUUAGAAAAAUUUGAACAAAUUAGAUUACUUAUUAUAAAUAUGAAACACUUAUUAAAUGAAUAUAGACCACAUCAGGAUUCAUGGAAGGCUUUAGAUGAAAAUGUGAAAAUGGAUGUGGAUGUGAAAGAACCUAAACCAAAAAUUUCAAGCGAUGAUAAUAGUAGUAAAGAACUUUGUUCCUAUAAUAUUAAGCCUGAACCUAUGAAAAAAUUAUUAGAAAUGAUAAAUGAAAUUGAUUAA